CUCAAACGUUUCAGAUGAAUAGGGUGGCAUUUGUAUGCAGCUAUGACGGCGGCAGCUAUUAUGGCCUGCAGCGCCAAUCAGAUUCCGCUGGCAAGCCCACUGUGGAGCAGGAGCUAGAGCGGGCACUGGUGGCGGCAGGGGCCCUCGCGGCGCGAAAUGCGGGUGAACUGGACCCGCACAUCCCGUACGGACAAGGGGGUCAGCGCCGCUGCGAAUGUCGUGGCUCUGGACGUCCCAGCUGGCGCCGCGGCAGCGGCAGCAGCGGCAGGGGCAGGGGCGGCGGCGGCAGGGGCAGGGGCGGCAGCUGCAGCGGAAGCGGAAGCGGCGGCAGCCAAGACAUCCGCGGGACAGGACGGGUGGCGUACCUCCACCGCCGGUUGCAGCAGCAGCAGCACCGCCGCACCUGAGGCAGCCGGCGGUGGCGGCGGCAGCGGCGGUGGUGAUGCGGAGUUCGAGCCGCUAGUCCGGAACGUCAAUGCAGCGCUGCCGCCGGCGGUGCGGGUGUGGGGCGCGGUACGGACGGACUCGCGCUUUGAUGCGAGACGAGUGGCGCGGGGGCGGAGGUACGAGUACCUGGUCCCUGUUUGGGCUCUCGACCCCGCAGUCGGCAAACCGCGUUCCCAGCUGCAGCAGCAGCAACAACACACGCAACAGCAAAAGCAGCCCCAGCAAGGCAACCCGCCACCCUCGCAACAGCCCUCCGAGGUCCCUACCAGCGCCACCGCCACCACCACCACUACCACCACCACCACUACCACCACCACCACCGCCGCCCCUACCACCACCACCACCGCCCCCACCACCACCACCACCACCACCGCCACCACCUCCACCGCCGAGCGCAGCCGCCAGAGAGCGCUGUCCGAGAUCGCCUGCAGCACCUUCCAGCUGACCCCGCUGGAGCUGAAGCGGCUGAACCUCAUGCUGGGCGUGUUCGUGGGCUCGCACUGCUUCCACAACUUCACAUCGGAGCCAGCGGAGGACCCGCAGCAGCUCCGCCGCACCAUCCACCAGGCCUUCGCGGAGGGACCCGUCUACCUGCAACCACCUCCACCACCACCACCGCAGCAGCAGCAGCAGGAGCAGCAGGGGGCCGCCAACGCCGGCAGCCACCCCAGAAGCGACAACAACUCUACCGACCCGGCCUCAGACCAACAAACCAGCCAACAAAUCCAGCAGCAGCAGCAGCACCAAGAACAGCCGCCCCAGCAGCAACAAGGGCAGCAACAACGACAAGAAGCACAAGAACCGCAAGCAUAUCAUCAUCCCCAUCAGGCCGACCCACAGCAACAGCGCAGCCAGUCCAGCCCCUGCCCCUACGUGCGCAUUGUGUUCGUGGGCACCGGCUUCCUAAUGCACCAGAUCCGGCGCACGGUGGGGCUGCUGCUGGCGGUGGCACGGCGAGCGGCGCCGCCAGAGGCAAUCCGCGCGGCGUUGGAGGUCCGACCGGCUGGAGGUGGAGGUGGAGGUGGAGGUGUGGGUGCUGGGGGGCGGCAGUGGCAGCAGCUCACUGUGCCCACGGCGCCACCCACCGGGCUCCUCAUGGAUCGCGCCUACUUCAGCGCCGAGUCCUACGCGCGCGCCUGCCAGCCGCCGCCGCACCUGGGGGGGAUCCAGAAGCAACAGCCCCAGCCAGGGCAGCAACCGCUGCCGCCGCCGCCGCCGCAGCGGGGAUCCAGCGGUGGUGGUGGUGAUGGUGGUGGUGGUGGUGGUGGCAGUGCGGUGCGGUGGCAGCAGCAGCUGGAGCGGCUGUGUGACGCGGGGGAGGAGUUCAAGCUGCGGGUGCUGUACCCGGCGAUACACGACUCGGGCCCGGUGGAGAUGUGGCUGUUCCUGUGCGGCCUCACAGACACCGCAUACGGCUUCCGCAGCUGGGCCAAGCGAGCCGUGCCCCCACCCAAACCGCUGCCGCCACCGCAGCCGCAACAGGAGCAGCCACAGCAGCAGCAGCCACAGGAGCAGCAGGAACAGCCGCAGGAACAGCAGCGGCGGCAACAGGAGCAGGGCGAUGGGGCGGGGUCAGGGUCGGCCGCUGCUGCUAUGGAGGUGUGUGGAGGCGGUGC